AUGUUUCAGGUUUAUCUGGUGAAAGGACUUUAUGGAGCUUUCUCUGUGUCUCCAUCUUUUGUCUUCCUUUACAUCAAUGGCAUCAUGUUGUUCACCCUGAGGAGCAAGUCAGUCUUUAGAGAGACUCCUCGAUACCUCCUGCUGUAUAAUCUGCUCUUUGCUGACACCUUCCAGUUGGCAAUGGGUCAACUGCUCUUGAUCUUGUCUCUACCUCCAGUGUUUGUGACUCACUAUACAUGUGCAAUAAUGGUCUUGAUAACUGUCACAGUGACUGCUGUGUCUCCCUUGAACCUGGCGGUGAUGUCACUGGAGAGGUAUGUGGCUGUGUGCUUCCCACUGAGGCACUCUGCCAUCGUCACCGUCAACAACAUAGGUGUGUCUAUUGGUGUGAUAUGGGCUCUCUCCAGCAUUGACCCGCUCAUACGGUUCAUUCUUCUGGUUCUUUAUGAGACAUUUUCUGCGGAUCAGAUAAUGCAGCAAUUCUGUGCUAUAGAUGCACUUUUCCACAGAACAGUCGCACAUGAAUAUGAUAAAGCCUUCACUGCUAUCACUUUUACAUUUGUGGGAAUCAUAAUCAUGUGCUCCUAUUUUGGUGUGACGACAGUAGCCAGAUCUGCUUCCUCAGACAAAGCCUCGACCACCAAGGCCCGCAACACAGUUCUCCUCCACAUGAUUCAGCUGCUUCUGUGUCUCUCCACCUCUCUUUCCGGUAUACUAAUGGGAUAUAUAUAUAGACUUGGAACACUGAAUCGAACUGCAAGGUUAAUUGUUGGUUAUAUUUUCUUUAUAUUCAUUGUAACCUUGCCCAGGUGCCUGAGCAGUCUGAUAUAUGGUCUGAGAGACCAAACUAUCAGACUUGUAUUCCUGCACCACCUCAGGUGUGCUCUCUGGACAGGUGGGCUCAGUUUAGCAACAGAUAAACACUGA